AUUUCAGAAAAGCGAGGUUUGAUAGUUAUCAGAAAUCUUUGACCCUAGGGAUUGAGAUGCAGAUUCUGAUAGGGACUAAAACAACACAAACAUCCCCCGGGCUGAUGAAUAUCACACUGUGUGUAGACACGAAUACUUGGUCCGAUCAGGUCAGACAAAAACUGACCAAUUAUGGAAAAUAAUUAUUUCAACAAUAGUGAGCAACAAGAUUUCCCACAGACACAGACAUGAGAAAUGCUUAUUACAAUUUCUACCAUACUAUAUCUGUUACAAGUUGAUGUCAGCAUAGCUCAGACUGUUGUACCAGCUACCAAUUGCAAGAAUGAGUUGGAUUUGGUAUUCCUAUUAGAUGGAUCACAAAGUGUUACCAAACCUAAUUUCGAUCUUGUUAAAAACUACACUGUUAAUCUAAUAUCAAGAUUUGAAAUUAACCCAACUCAAACGAGAGUUGGGAUAGUAGAAUUCGGUACAUUCAUUGGAACUAAGAUAGAACUAGGACAAUAUGAUAAACUGGACGCGUUGUCGGCUGCCAUUUUGAGCAUACAAAUGUCCAAUUAUGGAACUUCAACACAUAAAGCAAUAAAACUGAUGCGAGGUAUGUUCAGUAGAUCACCAAGGCCUGGUGCAACAAAGGUAGCAGUGUGUAUCACUGAUGGACUAUCUGUCAGUCCUAAUUUUACAAAAAUAGAAUCGAUAGCGGCACACGAAGAAGGAAUACACAUGUUUGCGUUGGGUAUUGGUCAACAUGUAUUUAAAACCGAGUUAGUAUUUAUAGCCAGCCAAUUGGAUUAUGUGAAAGAGGUACCAGACUAUAGCGCAUUACCGACAAAUCUUGCAGCAGAGAUAUGUAAUUUAAAUUUUGGAACAACGACAGCAACUUAUAAAAGUACAACACCCGACGAUUUAGCAAUAGAUAGAAUUGAUGGAACUCCGAUUACUGGAGCAGUUACUGUUUCUCCUACAUCUGCAACAUCAACAACAAACAGCGUUAUAAAUGGCGGUACAGUCAGUACAUCUACGACAAGUAACAAUGUUAUUAAUGAUGGAUCUGUUGACGUCAACCGCCAAUUUCUGCCACAUCCAACAGAUUGUGACAAAUAUAUAGAGACCGAGGAUGCUGCCGGAAUAUUAGUGUUUCACGAAAGAUAUUGUCCAUUUGGACAGUUUUAUAAUGAGAAUGCCUUGACGUGUGUGCAACCCAAACACUCCACGUGCAAACUUGAUCUGUGUAGAGACAAAUUAACUGCACCAAUGAAGAACAACUGCCGCGGAUAUUGGGUGUGUUUGAAUGGCGAUACUACAGGCGUAUGCUGCCCACUUGGGACUGGUUAUUUGGACGGCUCUGGUUGCAAACUUGGUGUCUGCAACAGCGAAUGUCCACCAACUGUAAACAAUAAUUCAACUUUACAAGUUUGCAGUUUAAAACCAGCAGCCAACGAUCCCACACUUUAUCUGGAACAUGUUACUGGUCACGGCACCAUAACCAGACAGUGUGCACCUGGUACGGCAUUCGAGCAAUCUAGUUGCAGUUGUUCGGCUCUAGUCCAAAUAGAUAAUUCUAACAGGAAUAAAAAUCAAACCAUAUAUGCCACGACAACACCUAAAACAUUAUCGUGUACGACAAAUCUUUACCUGACUUUUGAUAAAAGUACUGAUGAUCCCAAUGGCAUGAAGGAUAGAUCAGGAAUGUCGACUCCCUUAAGUUGUCAUAAUAUAAAUAUAACAGAUACUCCAGAUGGAAAGGCAUUGUUUGGAUACCAGGACUGUUUCAUAUACUUGUGGAGGUUUGCCAGUAUAGACUUCAGAAACCUGGUGAUAGAAUUUCAAUUUGCUCCAUUGACCAUAAACUCGGGAACAAAUUUCCAAUCUGUGAUGACUAAUUGUUAUCCAUCGCCAACCUGUGACCCAAGCUUUGCACUCCUCAUAGAUAGAUCCAAGUCACUCAUUGGAAUAAGGCUGUUGGUGAAUUCGGUUAACAAUACUGAAAUGACAGUCAGUAAAUGGAUACUAUACAAGGUAGAACAGACUAAUACAGUACAAGUACAUGUUAAUCUACACGAUGUAGUAUUCGAAGUUAACCAGAUAUCUAUAGUUAUACAACUCGAUGGAUCUAUAUUCAAAAGGCAGUCAGGAUUUGCUUUUGGUUUGGGUGGACCAUAUGACAGUUUCGAAGGAUUCAUGGAUGAGAUCAAAAUAUCAUCUUGCUGAUUCGAGUCAAGAUAAUUGACAUGAUUUUGAGGGAUUCAGGAGUGAUGGUAUGGACAAAUGCAAUGAUGGAGGAAUGUUAAUUUCCUUUCCGAUCUGAUUCCCUUCACGGAAAGUAUGUGGAUAAAAGGAUUGUUUUAAAAACACUUAAUAGUGAAAGCAAGGGAAAAGUAAUUGUGCGUUGGAUACAAAUUCGAAAUGAUACAUAGUUUUUUCAUAGUGCUUUAUUUAUUAUAGUUAACAUAUUAACUGUCUCAAUUUGAAUGCAGCAUUUCAUUUAUAAGCAUCAGUGUGUCAUAAUUGUUUUUUAUAGGUUGUUCAUGUAUAAUUGUAAUUAAAGGCUUAAAUUUU